AUGACGCGUUAUUUGACUCCAUGGAGGAUCUCCCUUCUGUGUCUGGUGACGCUCUACUCCGAGGGUAGCGUACCGCAAUCAUCAGCUAUCCACGUCCUGUCUUUCCUGACGGCGGGUCUAUUCCCGCUAGAUGCGGCCGAUAAGCAAUGGGAGGAGCAUUACAUGCCAACAAUCGCUGAGCUCGAGGAGUGUCUGUCGGGCCACGACUCCGACGUGCCAGGACGCACCCUGUGGGACAAGUUCCUGGGCAAACUCUGGGCCAUAGACUCGCUGGAUGCGCUGGAAACCUUCUGCGGAGAAGAGAUUCCAUCAUUAUUGGCCAAAUCGCGCGAAGAAUUGAUCCAUGACAGAGAUCAUGGAAUCGCCCCAGAGCCGGAGAAUCGGAUGCGUUUGUCCAGAAGCUCACCCUUGGGCGCGUUCGUGCGGAGAGCUCAUAUGGAGUACACAAAGUUGCAAUUUUAUGACUCUGUGAAGCUCUGGUCUGGAUUCGUCAAAUAUCGUCUUCCGACGUACAGCUACUGGAGUCGCAGACAUCGCGGGGCGGAUGAAACUGCCAUUGACGCCAAUCUACGCGACCUCGGGCUGGAUUCUACAAGUCAUCUAUCACAAGUUGUGUAUGGUAACAUUGAGGGCGGAGAGGAUGAGACGGAAGAAAUCAGUACUAGGGAUUCGGAGCGGCUGAUUGAAUUCCAGGUUGGAGAGUUGCAAAGGAUGGGAGGUAGAGUCCCUGACGAAAUGAGGGAUCAACUGAGGCGCAUCAUGAACUCCGAGUCCUCGGUUCCUGUGCUCAUGUAUUACUUAGAAUACCUUGAUGCUUGGCGAGCCGGAGACUAUACUUCAGCAUUCGACAAUCUCCAUCGCUACUUUGACUACACCAUGCACACUAAUCUUGACCGAAGUGCAUACCAAUUUGCUCUUCUCAACCUGGCCAUCAUCCAAGCCGACUUCGAGUGUUUUAACGAAGCAAUUUCGGCUGUUCAAGAGGCCGUUGCUAUUGCCCGCGAGUCUCACGACAUGAGCUGCUUGAACUUCUGUAUGAGUUGGUUGUAUCACUUUGGCAAAGCCUUCCCAGAGCAGAUGCGAGAGGUACAAAACAGUGGCAUGCUAGGCAACGAAAAGGAAGGCCUCGCUUUCCUCAAGGCUAAGUCCAAGGAGACUGACAUGUGGUCGCUACUGAGUACGACAUUACUGAGUGAAGCCAAGUUGGAGAUGCAGCAGGGUGACAGCUUGGCGUCCAUUGUCGAAUCAUUUGUACGAGCAUCCCAUGUCAAUGUGACAAAGGGACUCGCUACCCCUGCGGGUGCAUACAUGUUAUUACACGCCUCCAUGUAUGCUCGAAUAGGAGCCACCCAUCUUUCGUGGCUGGACACUGAAGUUUUCCGCGAGUGCUACGCAGAGGGCCAACCCCAUGAUGACUUUGUCAAGAUCACGUUCAGAAACUGCCAGAUAUUGGUCCAAAAAGGAAAUUACAAGGAGGCGUUCUCAAGGCUCAACAAAAUCGAGCCUGAGAAGCUACGAGCUUUCAAAUACAACAACGCAUGGACAUAUUACUCUGGUUUACUACAACUGCGACGACAAAUCUGUCGCGAUGACAAGGUGGCUGUCGAACACAUUAUAUCCCAACUUCAAGCGGUCCAGCUUCUCGACUUCGACCUGCGCCUCUUGCUGGCGUUCUACACAAUCGAAUUCACAAUCCGCCAGGGGGACUACGGUCGGGCUCUGAGAAUGGUAGAGCAAGCCGCCCAUUCCAUGCAACCAGAGAACUUUGACAUCCAUUCACAAGUCAAGCUCCUAUGCCUAAAAGCGCAGAUUCUCGGCAAAUCCGGACAACCCCAGCGUGGAUUCUCUCUCGCCAUGCGUGCCGCCAACAUAGCGCACCGUGCAAAGCUGCUCGCCGACCUAUGGGAAGCAGUCUGCACAUUAGCGAUGGUGCUCCUGAGCUUGCGAGAGUUCGAAGCCACUGGUGAGCUUGUUGAGAGCAUCAUGCCUCAGACUCUCGAAACAGAGGAUUGUGCUCUCAUCGCGCAGGCUUACUCGCUUCUCGUCGAUGCCAACAUGGGGAUGGCGGGUGAACUGUGGAGACUACAGGGUAGUGACUCCAAGUCUACCCGCAAAGAGUACAUCAACCGUGCUCUUGGGUACAUCGACUCGGCGUAUGAUCACUACGAAGAACUCGAGGACAUCAAGGGUCAGACGGAGAUGAUGGCUAAAAAGGCCACCGUCAUGCAUCUCACGGGUGACUCGGUCUUGGCUAAUGACUAUGCCGCCAAAUAUUUGGAUCUGCGGAGGCGACGGGGUGCUGAAACAUAG